AUGGGUGUUGGAGGCAAAUUCUGGGAUUUACUAAAACCCUAUGCACGAUAUGAAGGACCCGAUUACUUGAGAGAAAAACGAGUCGCAGUGGAUCUUUCUUAUUGGAUAGUCCAACAUGAAACAGCUAUUAAGGGAACCCAUGUUCGACAACCUCAUCUUCGUCUGACUUUCUUCCGUACCAUAAAUCUCUUCUCCAAGUUUGGGGUGUUUCCCGUUUUCGUUGUUGAUGGGACUCCGUCGCCGUUGAAGUCUCAAGCAAGGAUAGCGAGGUUUUUUCGGUUUUCGGGGGUUGAUGUUUCGGGUUUGUCAGUGGCUGAAGAGGGUGUUUCGGUGGAGAGGAACAAGACUUUUCUGAAAUGUGUUCGAGAGUGUGUGGAACUGCUUGAACUAUUUGGGAUGCCUGUUUUAAAAGCAAAUGGUGAAGCUGAAGCACUGUGUGCUCAGUUAAAUGCCGAAGGCCAUGUGGAUGCUUGUAUCACAGCUGACAGUGAUGUUUUCCUUUUUGGGGCCAAAUGUGUGAUAAAAUGCCUCAAGCGUAAUACCAGAGAACCAUUUGAAUGCUACCAUAUAUCAGAUAUUGAAGCUGGUCUUGGGUUGAAGAGGAAACACUUGAUAGCUAUUUCUCUUUUGGUUGGAAAUGACCAUGAUCUUAAUGGUGUGCAAGGGAUUGGGCUUGAGAAUGCUCUUCGUUUUGUCCGAAGUUUCAGUGAAGACGAGAUAUUGAAUCAGUUACUUGAAAUCGGCAAUGGGAGCACUCCUUCACUUCAAAUUGGUUCAAAAGUUGUAGAUGAAUUAAUGCUUGGUCCAGAUAAGAGCCCAGCAAAGUCAAAAUCUUCUCACUGUUCCUUCUGUGGGCAUCCAGGCAGCAAAAGAGCACAUUUCAAAUCAUCUUGUGAAUAUUGUGGCACUAUUACUGGUCCGGGUUGCACAAGAAGGCCAGAGGGUUUUAAAUGUAAUUGCUCCUCCUGUGAUGAGGAUCGAAAGGAAAAGGAGCAGCGAAAACAUGAAAAUUGGCACAUAAAAGUUUGCAACAAGAUAUCCAUGGAGCCAAACUUUCCAAAUGAUGAUAUCAUUCGAAUGUAUUUGUGCAACAACAAUGGAAACUUUACUGCUGGUGAUGGCUCUUGUUUAUCAUGGAGAAACCCAGACACUGAGAUGCUUGUUGAUUUCUUGGAUUUUCAUCUGCACUGGGAGCCAUCUUAUGUUCGACAGAGAAUGCUUCCCAUGUUGUCCACCAUAUAUUUGAGAGAAAUGGCCGCAAAGCCGGAGAAAACUAUGUUGUAUGGGCAGUAUGUAUUUGAUUCUAUUCAGCGCAUGAAAAUGAGAUAUGGACACCAAUCUUAUGUGAUCAAGUGGAUAAAAGCCACAAGGACAGCAGGCAGUCUUAUCCAUACCAACUCGGUCCAAGAGUCUGACAGGCCUCAAGAAGAGAUCAUUGAAAUUGAUGAAUUCAAUGAUCAAUUAGAUGAGGAUACCGCCCCCCAGAUUCAUAUUGAUAAUGGGGGUUGUUUCCUGAUGACAGAUGAAAGUAUAGAGCUUACUCGUGGUGCUUUUCCAGAAGAAGUUGAAAGAUUUUUGCAUGAGAAGGAACUGCAAGCAUCAAAAAGAAGAAAGGGUUCAAGCUUAAGAACUGAAGGGUCCAAUGAAAAGUCAGAAUCACCAAAGUCAAAACGUGUCCAACUUAGUAUAACAGAAUUUUACCGUUCUGCUAAGGUAGCAGCAAUUCAUGAAAAACGAGGAGAUCUAGCCAAUAAUUCUGAAAAUCAAGAGGAUGGGCCAUCAAAAGAGAGGAGAAAGGUUUCAAGUUCAAACCUUCCGAAGUCUGUGAGACGUAGCCUUUUGUUUAAGUAG